AUGUUAGCUACUCCGCGGCAGGGCAGCUUGAGUCUGGUGCCCCAGGACGACGCGCACAAAUCCAACGAAAGUCUCGAGCUCGCCGCGAGUUUCUACAAGCCGAGAUUACUCGAGGCCGGGGAGACGUUGGACGGACUGGUGCGCGGAUUCGCCCGGCAGAGCUCGCGAAAGCUCGAUCUUGGUCUGGCGGCCGACUUAUCGAGCCGGCUGUACAAGACCAACGAGUCGGCGGCGGGCCUGGAUCGGCUGAGCUUCGACAUUCAGCGCGGACGAGAUCACGGAUUGGCCGAUUACAACGACUAUCGACACCUGUGCGGUCUGCGACAGGCCAAGAGCUUCGACGAUUUCUUGGAUCAUGUGCCCUGGGAGAGCGUCAAGUUGCUGCGAAAAUUGUACAAGCAACCCGGAGAUGUGGAUCUGCUGGUCGGAGGCUUGGCCGAGAGAUCGAUCGAGGACGCGGCGAUCGGUCCGACUUUUAGGUGUCUGAUAGCAGCGCAAUUCUUGAGGACCAGAAGAGCCGAUCGAUUCUUCUACGAUUCCAGUAGGCAGCCCAAGCCGUUCACGACCAAUCAAAUGGACGAGCUGAAGAAAGCCGCGCUAGCCAGAAUAUUCUGCGACAAUGGGGACGAUAUCGCCAAAAUGCAGUCCAACGUCUUUCUCAAGCCGCAAGUGGGAAACGAACUGCAAUCUUGCCAAAACUUCGAUGCCAUAGAUUUAACCACAUGGAUUGAAAAUAUCGCAUAUUAGUUUGAAUUUU